GCAACAGACUCCGCGCGCUCCGAAGAACGGCAGUACAACGCGAGGCAGCGCGCGCCAGCAGCAGCCACCGGAGCCCAACCAGGACCACAGCCCUCCCUAGGCGGCCGCGCCAUGGAACACCAACUCCUGUGCUGCGAAGUGGAGACCAUCCGCCGCGCGUACCCUGACACCAACCUCCUCAAUGAUCGAGUGCUGAGAGCCAUGCUCAAGACCGAGGAGACCUGCGCGCCCUCCGUAUCUUACUUCAAGUGCGUGCAGAGGGAGAUUGUGCCGUCCAUGCGGAAAAUCGUGGCCACCUGGAUGCUGGAGGUCUGCGAGGAGCAGAAGUGUGAAGAGGAGGUCUUCCCCCUGGCCAUGAACUACCUGGACCGCUUCCUGUCUCUGGAGCCCCUAAAAAAGAGCCGCCUGCAGCUGCUGGGGGCCACCUGCAUGUUCGUGGCCUCCAAGAUGAAGGAGACCAUUCCCCUGACCGCCGAGAAGUUGUGCAUCUACACUGACAACUCUAUCCGGCCCGAGGAGCUGCUGCAAAUGGAACUCCUUCUGGUGAACAAACUUAAGUGGAACCUGGCUGCCAUGACUCCCCACGAUUUCAUCGAACACUUCCUCUCCAAAAUGCCAGAGGCAGAUGAGAACAAGCAGAUCAUCCGCAAGCAUGCGCAGACCUUUGUGGCCCUCUGUGCCACAGAUGUGAAGUUCAUUUCCAACCCGCCCUCCAUGGUGGCUGCUGGGAGCGUGGUGGCUGCAAUGCAAGGCCUGAACCUAGGCAGCCCCAACAACUUCCUGUCUUGCUACCGCACAACGCACUUUCUUUCCAGAGUAAUCAAAUGUGACCCGGACUGCCUCCGAGCCUGCCAGGAACAGAUUGAAGCCCUUCUGGAGUCCAGCCUGCGCCAGGCCCAGCAGAACAUCAACCCCAAGGCCACCGAGGAGGAGGGGGAAGCAGAGGGAGAGAAUGACCUGGCCUGCACACCCACCGACGUGCGAGAUGUGGACAUCUGAGGGCCACCGGGCAGGCGGGUGCCACCAAGCAAUGGCAACCCGCAGUGAGGAAGGAGCCAGCCCGGGGUGCUCCUAAUGAUGUCCCUCUUGGGGAUAUUUUGUUACCAGAAGGGGAAGUUUUGUUCUCUUUGUUGGUUGUUUUUCUUUAAUCUUUCUCCUUUCUAUCUGACUUAAGCAAAAGAGAAAAAAAAAAAAAAAACCUGAAAGCUGUCUUAAAGAGAGAGGAGAGAUAGAAUUUGCAUCACCCUGAGUAUAGGGCGGAGGGGAUGCUACAAAAAUAGGAUUUUAUACCCCAGUAAUCAACUAGUUUUCUAUUAAUGUGCUUGUCUGUUGUAAGAAUAGGAUUAACACACAGGAAGUCUACAGAAGGAUUUUGAUUUUAUGUUUAUGUUUAAAAAGCUUAAGAAACAUUGCUUUAAAAAAAAAAAAGAAGGAAAAAAAGCAAAUAGAGCAAACCGUUGUUGAAGUAGAAGAGAGUUUUAGGUAGAGAAUGUACUUGCUUUGUGGAAAGGCGCACCUCACUCCUGCAUGCUCACUGCAGCCACUGCUAGUCACCUGUUUCCUGUGCUUUAUCCCAGGGAUGGGCAGACCGCUUCACCUUAUUGACGGUCGGUGUGACCUCUAGCGGUCUCACGGUGUGUGGCACCCCCACAGCUCAUCUGUGCCAUCUCCUAACCUGCAGGUUCAUAGCAUCAGGCACACAGCAGUAGGUGCCCCACCCUAUGCAGUGUGCUCCAGUAGAGGGUAUGAGAUAGUGUCAUCAUAUAUCCUAUUUUUGUAAUCUUCCUAUUUUGUAGUUCCUGUUUAAAGAGACGCUGGUUUUUGCCUGGCGGCCCUGCAGCCCACUCACAUCAGGUUAAACCCACAGCUUUUCUUUUGUGUGUGUGGUUUGUUCUGUUUUGUUGUGUUUUCCUUCUCUGUGUCCAAAACCAUUCCAUUUCAAAGCACUUUUCGGUCAGCUAGCUGGAGGCAGUGCCGCUGGUAUGUGUGUGUGUUGGGGGGUGGGGGGAGUUCCUAAUGGAAUGGUUGGGGGAUAUCCACAUACUCGUUCAGGUGACUGCACAGUGGGUGUGUGGCACAGUAGGGCUGGUAGCACGGGGUGCUUGGGAAGUUUUGUUGGGUCAAGAAAAGAAAACUGUUCUUGCACUGCCAGGAUCUGUCCCACAGAGAAGUUGAAGGGAUCCCUUGGUGCCAGCUGGUGUUUGGGAGUAGGAACUAUGGCAUUACCUGGACAGUGAGGAGAUUCUGCAUGACUUUUUAAAGUCUUUCCCACAGGAGGCUUUUAAACACUAAAGUGUCUAAUUUAUACUUAAGGCUACAGAGAGUAUUUAUUGGAAAGGUUGUCCAUGGCCAGUAUGAUUUAUAAAGCAAUGUGAUCUCCCUUGAUUCAAACACAUACCUUCUGCCCUUGCUGGUAAAGGUUUAGUGCCUUG